AUACUAAAAUUCUAGAGGCCCUUCCAACUUUAGCAGAAAGCCUCCAGACUCCUAUAGCUUAUUCUUCUCUAUUCUCCUCCUUAUUAUUUCCCUCUCCUAUUGCGGCGCCUUGCAUUUCCUUGUUUCUAACUCUCUGAACUGUAAGCUCUCUGUUUCUCUACCUCCUUUUCAAGUUUAUUGUUAUUAUUAUACAUGGCAAAGUACGGAGAAGGUGACAAGCGAUUUUGGAUUGUAUAGAGGAAAGAGCAAAAGACGGGAGCUAACGUUCACAAUUGGGCACUAGCGGAGACGGAAUUGUUUGGAAAUGGUCAAGAAAUUCCUUCUCCCAAAACUUCUCUCUUGGUAUAUCUAUUCUUUGAAUGGGCGAAGGAAUCUUUUAUCAAGAGCAAGAAGCUUGGAGAGGUCGACGGGGAGGCUUAUGUUAACUAUUCCGCAGGGGUUAAGAUCAUCCCUGGAUAUGAAUUGAAAGCGUAAUGCUUAUCCUGGGAAGGUGAAGCUAAAAGACUGAUGGGAAAUCUUUGCUUAAAGCUUGAUGGAUCUGUUGAAAUACCUUAUAUUUUGCGGAUCGAGAACGCCUAACGAGGAUCCGGAAUUAGGGUUUCUGUCAGGAUGAUGGUCCAAUUGGAAUGACAAUUGAAGGAAAAAGCAUGAUGGCAAAAAGGAAAACCAGUGAUCGAAAGAGAAAAUCAGGGUUUAUGUUCAGAGGUAAUGGCAAAGGGAGGUCCUGGUAAGAUGAUAGAAGCCAAAAAGGUUGCACCUAAGGCGCAAUCCGACCUCCAAGAAGGAGCUGGCUCAGCCGAUAGCUUGAGAAGGAGGAAGGUGAGAAAGAGUAAAAAAGGGUUUAAGACUAUAAGUAUGUCAGAGAAGUUUAGUUGCAGAGCUAGAGAUAUGUAUGGAAAUAUUGGAAGCGAUGAGAAUAGAUGGAAAGGAUUUACACAGAGCAAUGCAAAAAUUAGUAAAAGAGGUCGGUGGGUGAAUUUAGUAUUUUUUGAUGGGUCAGUGACAGGCGAAGAAAUGUAGAGUUUGCAAGAUGGGAAGCUGAUUGUGCAAAAACUGGAGGUUUGGGAGUUUGGGCCUGAUGGAGUUGUAAGGCUUACUUGGAGGGAGCCUGAACAAGGGUUAACUGUUGUGAAACUGAUUCAUACUUACAUUCCUGAAGAAGACAGAUAUGGGAAUGCAAACUUGUGGUGGGAGAACUACGAAGAGAGGAUGGCGGGAAUCUCAAUUUUCCAUAAGAUACGGGCAGUUUUUGGUUUUGGCAUAUGAGACACUUUAUUUUUAGAUACCUUCUCUACGAAGCCUAGACUUUUUUUAUGAGAUUAUUUAAUGUUUCUCUCAGCAAUGAAAUCUGAAUGAAUGCAA